AUGGCCCGCUCGUCCAGCGUAGACCUGGACUCGCCAGAUCGCCCCUUCGACAACAUCAUCAACUUCCGGGAUGUCGGCCGCACCAUCAACCACUUCUGUGGUGCGCAAAUCGUAAAAGAAGGCGUGCUCUUCCGUAGCGCAAGGCCAGAUGAUGCCUCGGAGCGCGAUACUCGCCGGCUCGCAGAGGAGCUGCAUAUAGCCUCGGUGAUCGAUCUUCGGUCUUCAACGGAGCACCAGAUGGCCACGCGCAAACGCUGCGCUGAGAAAGCCGAGUCCGCCACCGGACCCCCAUCCGGCCGCCCAGACGAGCACCUGCUGCGUAUCCCAGAUGCCCAACUGCAUCGUAUCAGUUUGACCGGCAAGAGCUUCGAACAUGCGCUGCUGUGGAGAUUGGACUGGUCUAAUUACUUAAAAGCUAUCGCGUUCGCCGCGACGGGCUACCGCAAUGACGCCGUCAAGCUCGUAGGCCAGCAAGUGAUGCAGCCGCGUGGGUUGACGGGCCUGGCUCAAGACACGCUGGAUGCGAGCACCUCCGAGCUGCGGUCUGUCUUUGAGUUGCUUUCGCGGAAGGCGUCGUAUCCCGUUCUGGUGCACUGCACUCAAGGGAAGGAUCGCACGGGGCUGGUCGUCCUGAUGCUGCUGCUUCUAGCGGGUGAGAAGAUCCCAACGCCCGCGAUCGUUGACGACUACUCGCGGUCGGAGCUGGAGCUGGUCCCGGAGUUUGAAGAGCGCAUGAAGGAGAUCCGGGACCUGGGGCUUGGAGAGGAAUAUACGCGCUGCCCGCCAGGGUUCGUGGAUGCGACUACGGAAUAUCUGCAGAGCAGAUACGGUGGGGUGCAGAAUUAUCUGAGUGGGAUCGGGAUUAAUGCGGACGUGCAAGACAAUAUUCGACAGAUGCUUUUUGGUUGA